AUUUGUUUGGUCUUGCAGACUUUUUCGCGAGUGCUGUGAUGGAACUCUUCUAACCAAUCAUGGAUGAGUUCAAGAAGCCACUUCCCAUUGCUCCUAUAACUGCGGAUGCGGAGACAACGGUUGAGAUCACUGAUCAGGAGGAGCAACUGAAGACUGAAAAUGAGGAAGUUCAAAAUAAUUCGGCUGUACUGGUUUGUGAACCAGGGAAAACUGAGAUCGCGAAGACGCCCGCGGUUACCUGCGGAUUUAUCUCGCCUUCAUGGUCCGGGGUGCCGACCGAGCCUCUGAAUCUGGAAGUUGUUAAAAGUGGAGUGAUAUUGAGUGUGAUCCCGUUGGAAAAGUCUACGAUCGUGUUCGGAAGACUACCCGAAAAUGACGUUGUCAUCGAACACCCGACUUCAUCUCGUUUUCAUGCGGUUCUUCAAUUUUCAAGUGGCACGCCCGAGAAACCCUCCGGGUUCUACAUCUAUGACUUGGACAGUACUCAUGGGACGUUUCUAAACAAGGAACGUGUUAAGCCUCGGCAAUAUAUUCCUGUGCUGCCUGGACAUAUGCUGAAGUUCGGAUUAAGCACGAGAAUUUAUGUUGUGCAGGGACCUCCUUGUGAAUCGGAAGAAGAAACCGCACCACAUUUGAGCUACUCUGAAAUCAAAAGGAUGAAGGAAGAGUUCAAGCGGGCAAGAGAGAAGAAACCAAUUGUAAAUGAAGAAACGUCUGUGCCAGAAACACCGGAGCAGUCGGUGGAGGAAGGAAUAUCUUGGGGCAUUCAGGAUGAAGUGGAGGAGGAAGAAUCGGAUGUGAAUCCAUUCGCGAUUGAAUCCGGAAAUGAGGAGUACAUCGCAGAUCCGAAAAAGACUCUCCGCGGUUGGUUUGAACGUGAAGGGCAAGAUUUGCAGUACGAAGUGGAAGAAAAAGGUUACAGCAACUUCAUAUGUCGUGUGAGACUCCCGUUGGAAGACGUCGCAGGCAGCUCGGUUACAGCAGAAGCGGAAGUAACGGGCAAGAAAAAAGAAGCUGUUAUUCAGUGUGCUCUAGAAGCAUGCCGAAUUCUCGAUAGAUUCGGUGUCCUGCGUCAAGCCAACCAAGAAAGUAAAGCCACGAAGAAGCGUAAAAAUUGGGAAGAUGACGAUUUUUACGGCUCUGAUGAGGACGAAUUCCUUGAUCGUACUGGAAGUAUCGAGAAGAAACGUCAACAACGCAUGAGAGCAGCUGGAAAACUGGUUCAAGAAGCUCCAACAGAGAACUACGACUCGUUGAUGGCAAAGCACAGUGUCGUAAUGAAAGAAAUGGAAGCUUUGCAUAAGGAAUUGGAGUCUGGAAAAGAUUCGCGGAAAAAGGCGUGUCCCGCUGAUGCGAUGGCCCCUGAUGAGGACCUUGACAAUUAUAUGGAACGUCUCGCGAGCGCAUCUGCCAGCAACGUGGAAAAAUUCGAACGCAAAAAAAUGCAGGCAAAAAUGGCGGAAUUGCAAGCGAAUGAACGCCGUCUACGGAAACUCAUCAGCAUCGCAAAACCUGCCUCUUUACCGCCCUUGAAAAUCGCGUCAUUGGAUCGGCCUGGUGUUGUGAUCGGAUCGAUUCGUGGUCGCGGUGCAAAAAAGAAAUCAGUUGUUGCCCCUUAUAUUCCGAAGCAAACAACGCCUGUUUUUGUACCCACUGACGCUGUGGAGGAAUCCGACGAUGAGGACACUCCCAUGGCUUCUGUGAAGUCAGACGAGGUUGUUGCUCCGGAAAAACGACGAAAAGUUAUCCAGGAAAUACCGGCGAAAGAGCUUGUGGGUGUGACGAGUUCGGAAGAGCAUCCGAAAAAGGUUUCCGAAGUGAAAGAUGUCGUGAAAGACGAGGAGUCGGAGCAGAAAACUAAGCGAGCGGAAGUGGUGAAACCUUCUGCUGAUGAAGAACGAGAUUCACAUGAAACUAUUGGAGGAACGGUGCAGAAUGAUGUUCCGAAACCGUCUCAGUCGAAGAAAAAUUCGCAAAAGGCUGAAAAGAAGCACAAACGUAAAGCGGAUGUGGAGAAAUGCGAAUACGAUUCAAGCAGAGACGAUUAUGACAUGUGGGUUCCGCCGAUGGGACAAAGUGGAGACGGGACAACUUCUCUCAACAAGAAAUUGGGCUACUGAAGUCGCUGUCAAUUUCCUUUUUUAUGUGUUGAAAAAGAAAACGUUUUCGAAAUUUGUUGCACUGACUUUGUUACUUCUUUGUCAUGUUUUAUUCCAGUGCGAUGUUCAUGUCAUUUUUCCCGAAGUAAAUAUUUCAAAAGACUUCAAAUAAUUUUCGCGUUCAUGUCUAAAAUACUGUAGGAAGCUUUUCUUUUCUCCAUUUCAAAGAUGUCACCCGAUCUUUCAAAACUUAUUUAGCCGAUUCCAAGUGAAAUGUAUUCGGAUGAAUCUUUUUAUAUUUAUGGAAACAGAAAAACAUUUGCGUGGUAAUUUAGAAAGUUAGAUCUGGUUGGAACGUAAAAAGAACGUACCUUUGCCUGUCA